CGGAUCAGGUUGUCUUUGUCCUGCAGAGUGAGGACGGAUUUUUGCUCCAUCUUCAUGAUCUUGUUGAACUUUCACCACAUUUAGAUGUGUAGAAGUUAAAAAAACAAAGAAAAAAACACGAUCUUAGCCUGAGGACUCCUGGAUGCAGGUCUGGGUUCAGGAUCUGGGUUUAGAUUUGGGUUCAGGCUGAGUUCCUGACUGAGGAUUCAGACCCACACUGGUUGAGCGUUGUCAUGACCAGAUUUAUGUUUUCCCAGUUUCCAGACCUGCAGUGUUUUUUCCUCCAACCAGAGAGUGCAGGGAGGAAGACCACCAUGAGGGCUUCCACCAGUCACCUGCAGCAGCUCACCAUCUUCACCACGGUGCUGACGGGCGGCGGGGUGGGAACCAUGUACUACCUGCUGCAGAAGAAGUUCUCUGAGUCUGACUAUCAUAGGCUGGCUGUGCAGGCGCUGGAGGCUUGUCCGGUUGCCAUGGAGAGUCUCGGAGCGCCGCCUUUAAAGGUCCAUAAUCUCCACCUGACCGACAGAAGCAACCGAAUAUAUCAGCUGACUGCACAGAUAAAGAUUCCUGUCACAGGGUCUAAAACUGGAGGUUACCUGUAUACUUCUUCAUUUAGAGAACCAGAAGCCCUCAGGUGGCGUCUGAAACAGGCGGUGCUUCAGCUGAAGGAUGGAAAAACCAUUGACCUGCUGAAUAACUCACCAUCCACAUCCCAGAACCAGGCAGCAGAGCACACUCAGGAUCUGGAUGUGGACCGCUGGUACUGAGCAGGUCCAAGAACCCGAACCAUAGAGGAAGAUGUCUGGGUGAAAGCAGCUGGACAUGGUGGGAUGGAUAUUUACCAAAUUCAGGACUGGAACUGGAGCAGAGAGCAGCAGAUGUAGCUGGACUUUAUAGUCCUCAGAAAUGUUCAGGUUCUGUUUAGGAAUGUUCUGUUCAGGUUUUGCACCAUGAUCUUCUGUAAAAGCUGUCCAUGAAACACGUCAAACACUCGGUCAAAAUAACAAUAACUGGAAGCACACAGAGAGUGCAGACCUUUGGCAAUCCAUAGGGUCACUCAUCUGAGGAAAAACCCCAAAAGGCCCAACAACCCAUGCAGUACUCCCUAUAUUUUUUUUUUAAUUUAAAUUUUUAUUGAGUUUUUAAGUAGAAACAUUGUUAAAACAAAUAAACAUAAAUAAAGUUUGGUCUGUUGGUAUCAGGGGGGUAUUCCAUUAAGGUUGGAUUAAGGGAAAGCUGGGCUUAUCUUGAUAAGUCUGGCCCAUUUAAGCCAGACUUCCUUCCAUCAAUGUGGCUUAUGUGAAUGCCUGCUGAGUAAUCAUGGUAACAUGUACACCAGAACUAGGCUGCUCAGGGGCAGGCUAACCUUCAAGCUUAGCUUAGCUGUGUCUCAAAAGACACCCAAAAGAAAGUUCCACCUGGUAGAAUGCUGCGCUCCCGCCGCUCAUUCUGGUAUAAAAGUAAAAGAAAAUAAAAAGAAAGCACUUGUUAUCACAUCACUACUUUGUCUUGAAUAAUUAAUAAAUCUGUCAGUGCCAAUGUAACUAAAGAAACGCAACUAUACACAUACUGAACAUGUUAUUAAAUUAAAAAGAACAUUGUAUUCAUUAAAACUAGUUAUACCAUGGUCUGGGUGAAUACUCAAUUCUGAUUGGCUGGAG